UUACACAAUAAUCUGUCGUGAUUCUCUAUUCUACGAUAUUGUUGAACGCAGCAUUAGUGUCAACGUCAUUUCCUAAAAACGUUUUCCUCUUAAAGAUGGCGGCGACCUUGUGUGCAAAAUUACUACCGAAACAGGGAUGGCAUCCCCUUAUACAGUGUGUUCGCCACGGCUCCAAGGCUGUGACUCGGCACAAGAGACCGAUGCACUUUCUUAAACAGAAGCUGAUGUCUGUCACACGUUACAUUCCUCCCCCACGACCCAUUCCUGUUGGAGCGUAUCCACGACCAACCAGACAAGACCAGGAGGAUACACCUUUCACGAUACUCGUUAAGAAGAAUUUGAACAGCGUGUUCCAGGAAUCAAAGAUGGUCGCUGUGGUGCAAAACAGUGGCAGCACUGCUGAAGAAAUGAUGCUUAUCAAGUACAAACUUCAUAAACAUGGCAUCACGGUGAAAUUCUUCCCCAACCAGGUGGUGCGUUCGUUCCUGAAAGACAGCCCUUAUGCCAACAUGGCUCCUCUAUUCAUUGGUCACACGGUUCUGUUCAUUUGUAAAGAGCCGAAGGUGAAGGAGAUGCUAUCGACUAUGAGGACCAGCCGCCAUAUGCUACUCCUGGGAGCCUGUAUAGACAACACGCUGCUGAGUGCACAAGGGGUGGUGAGCUACUCCAAACUGCCGUCGGUGUCUGUAGUCCAGGGUGAGCUGGUCAGUGGGCUCACCCUGCUGACGUCCCAAACAGCCGCCAUGCUGCAACGCCACCCGGCCCAACUCUCUGCACUCCUGCAGCAGCACGUCAGACAGCAGAGCUCGGACAACAGCUCGGAGGGAGCUCCUAAAGCACAGAAGGCUACGUAGAGCUGGAAAGGAAAAAAAUGGACUGUUGUAGAUUUCCAGCUGGUUGAAAUUACAAGGAAACGUCGGGUUGGAUGCAUAUAUUGAAUUUAUUGUAAUUUAGUGCCAAACAACUAGGCAGAUUUUUAAGAUUACUCCACAAAGAAAAAGUUGGUGGUUUACUCCAUCUCAGAUCCGUUUGAUUGGUGUUAAAUUCAAUUAAUUCAAACAAUAUGCAGCCACCAAUAGGAGCACUGUGGCUGCUGUGAAAAAGGGUGCCUACAGACUUGACUGUUUUCAGUGCACCUCACCUCAACCAUCAGUGGAAGUCUUGGAUGGACAGAGCUGAAAAAUGUCAAUGUCUUUCAUGCAAUUCCUUAGUUUAAGGAUAUUGUCACACAUAAAUAAACUAUUUAAACAUAA